AAUUAAUUAAAUUUUCAAGAAUGUGGCCAAUUAUUAUGGCUUUAUUACGCAGAAAUGCGGUCUAUAUAACAUUACCGUUUGCCGGCGUUGUGGGUUUCAUUGGUUAUAAUUUGGAAAGUCUGCUGUCCGAUAAAUAUACACCAUAUAGCAAAUCCAUCCAAGAAUUACGUGCCGAACGUUUGGCUGAAGACUUAGCCGAUUCUAAUGCAGCUCAAGUUGACAAAUUGCGUCUAAAGGAAAAUGUAUUAGAACGAAACUUAUCACCUUCCCUGCAAAAAAAAAUCUAGCUAAAUUGUGA